AUUUGUCCGAUGAAUUGGCUGAUGUAUAUGAUGUUGUAACAUAAUGUAAUGCAUAUGCAUUGUGUGCAAAGGAGUGCUAUUGGAGGAAUCGCCUCUCCCAUUAUCAAAUCAUCACUUUCAGUUCCGUCAACAAUAAUGGCCAUGCCUUCUCCUAACUCACUCCGAGUUGCAGCGGCCCAGAUGACAUCCGUCAGCGACCUCGCCGCCAAUUUCGCCACCUGCUCUCGCCUUGUCAAAGAAGCAGCUUCAGCUGGAGCCAAAUUGCUUUGCUUUCCUGAGGCUUUCUCUUAUGUGGGUACCAAGGAUGGGGACAGUGUUAGUGUUGCUCAACCAUUGGAUGGACCAAUUAUGAACCAGUAUUGCUCUUUGGCCAGAGAAUCCAGCAUUUGGUUGUCACUUGGAGGCUUCCAAGAGAAAGGAUCUGAUCCUCAACACUUGUGUAAUACUCACGUUAUAGUAGAUGAGACUGGGAAAAUUAGAAGCUCUUAUAAAAAGAUACACCUGUUUGAUGUAGAUGUUCCUGGUGGAAGGGUAUAUAAAGAAAGUAGUUUUACAGAACCAGGCAAGGAUAUUGUUGCAGUAGACAGUCCUAUUGGGCGUCUGGGGCUAAGUGUAUGCUAUGAUCUGAGAUUUCCUGAGAUGUACCAGUUGUUACGUUUCCAACAUGAAGCUCAGGUACUGUUGGUACCUUCAGCAUUCACUAAAGUUACAGGUGCUGCACACUGGGAGAUUCUUCUUCGUGCCCGUGCAAUUGAGACUCAAUGUUAUGUCAUUGCUGCUGCUCAAACAGGAAAACAUGGUGAUAAAAGAGAAAGCUAUGGUGACACAUUAAUCAUCGAUCCAUGGGGGACAAUUGUUGGCCGAUUACCAGAUCGUUUGUCUACAGGCAUUGUAGUAUCUGAUAUUGAUUUAUCACUUGUUGAUUCAGUUAGAGAGAAAAUGCCAAUUGACAAGCAAAGGAUGCCAAUUGACUUCUGGAAAGCUGCAUCUCUAUAGUUCUUAUUUGGACCAUCAACAAGGAUUACUUAUUUAAAAAUAUGGGAUUAUUUGUAUGUAGACUUAAAGAUGGUAUAUACAAAUAUUGAAUUUUGGACUUUGUGGUAAUAAGUAAUCAAGUGCCUUAUUAUGCUCUA